AUGGAAAAACUUGAAUAUCGAGCAUAUAUUAAAACCACUGCUCUACUUGGAGUUUCAGCACAAGCCAUAACCGAUGAAUUGGUUUUAGUUUAUGGUGACUUAGCUCCAAAAUAUAGUACAGUUGACAAGUGGGCUACUUUAUUUAAAGAUGGUAGAGAGAGUCUUGAAGAUAAUCCUCGCUCAGGGCACCCUAAAACCACGUAUACAGCUGAGAAUAUUGAAAGUGUGCAAGCCAUUAUUGAAGAAAAUCCGUAUGUAACACAUGAUUUAAUUGAAGCCCUGACAUUGAUUAAUCGUUUUACAAUCAACGAAAUCAUUCACAACGUACUUAAAAAAAGAAAACUAACAUCACGUUGUAUACCCCACGAGUUAACCGAUCAAAAUAGAAAGAAUAGAGUUGAGGCAUGUAAGGAAAAUUUAGCUCUUUUCAGAAACGGCCUAUGGAGGUUAUGUGAUAUUGUUACAGAGGAUGAGUCGUGGUUUUAUUUGAGACAAGUUGGACACAAGUCAGCUAACGCUAGGUUUCAGCCGAAAAGCAUGUUCUACAUCUUUUUCAAAACAACAGGUGUUGUUCAUUUGGGUUAUGUUGAAAUUGGAGACAGCAUUACUAGCAAAUAUUAUAUAAAAAAUUGUUUGAAACCUCUUAUAUUCGAAAUAAAUAAGCGAAAACCUAAAACAGCCACUCACAAUUUCAAAUUUCUCCGUGAUAACGCUCAACCCCAUGUAACUUAA